GGCGCGGCGCCGCUCGGGGAGAGGAGGGCAGUGCGGAGCCAGGCGCCGGCAGAGGCGGCUCGGGCUGCGGAGAAGGAGGGAGCGCGGCGCAGAGAGGAGGGGCUUGCGGCCCCGUAGAAAUGUCAAUCAGAGCCCGGAGCCCCGGGAAUCUCCGCCAAUCUGUUCGGACCUGACCUGGCUCCUCGCCGCCGCCGCCGCCGCCGCCGCCGCCGCCGAGCAGAUCAAUAGGCGAACGCGGAGCGCAGCGCAGCGCGGGAGGCAGCGCGGCCCCAGCCCGGCCCAGCCCCCGAUGCGCGCCGGAGCCCGCGGGCGGCGCUGAGCAGGGCGGCCCCGGGGGCCGGGCCCCCUCUCCGUCGGUGCCCCGCGGGCCACCAUGUCCUUCCCCCAGCUCGGAUACCAGUACAUCCGCCCGCUCUACCCGCCCGAGCGCCCGGGAGCCGCCGCCGGCGGUGGAGGCGGUGGCGGCGGCGGCGGCGGUGGUGGCGGCGGCGCGGGGGCCCGGGGUGGCCCGGGCGCCGGAGCCUCGGAGCUGGCCGCCUCCGGCUCCCUCUCCAAUGUGCUCUCGUCCGUGUACGGGGCGCCCUACGCCGCGGCCGCCGCGGCCGCCGCCGCCGCCCAGGGCUACGGCGCCUUCCUGCCCUACGCCACGGAGCUGCCCAUCUUCCCGCAGCUGGGCGCGCAGUAUGAGCUGAAGGACAGUCCCGGGGUGCAGCAUCCGGCCGCGGCCGCCGCGUUUCCGCAUCCGCACCCCGCCUUCUACCCGUACGGCCAGUACCAGUUCGGGGACCCGUCCCGUCCCAAGAACGCCACGCGGGAGAGCACCAGCACGCUCAAGGCCUGGCUCAACGAGCACCGCAAGAACCCCUACCCCACCAAGGGCGAGAAGAUCAUGCUGGCCAUCAUCACCAAGAUGACCCUCACCCAGGUGUCCACCUGGUUCGCCAACGCGCGCCGGCGCCUCAAGAAGGAGAACAAGAUGACGUGGGCGCCCCGCAGUCGCACGGACGACGAGGGCAACGCGUACGGGAGCGAGCGCGAGGAGGAGGACGAGGAGGAGGACGAGGAAGACGGCAAGCGCGAGCUGGAGCUGGAGGAGGAGGAGCUCGGUGGGGACGAGGAGGACGCGGGGGGCGAGGGCCUGGCGGACGACGACGAAGACGAGGAGAUCGACUUGGAGAACUUAGACGGCGCGGCGGCGGGGCCUGAGCUGGCCCUGCCUGGGGCGGCGCGCAGGGACGGCGACCUCGGCCUGGGACCCAUUUCGGACUCCAAAAAUAGCGACUCAGAAGACAGCUCCGAGGGCUUGGAGGACCGGCCGCUGCCGGUCCUGAGUCUGGCCGCUCCAGCGCCGCCGCCCGUGUCCGCGGCUCCGCCGUCUCCACCCUCUCCCCCAGCUGGCCUGGACCCCUGCGCUCCCGCUCCGGCGCCCGCCUCCGCCCUGCAGAAGCCCAAGAUCUGGUCCCUGGCCGAGACAGCCACAAGCCCGGACAACCCGCGCCGCUCGCCUCCCGGCGCGGGGGGGUCCCCUCCUGGGGCAGCCGUCGCGCCCCCGACCCUGCAGCUUUCUCCGGCGGCGGCGGCGGCUCACAGACUCGUCUCCGCGCCGCUGGGCAAAUUCCCUGCUUGGACCAACCGGCCGUUCCCAGGCCCGACGCCGGGCCCACGCCCGCACCCGCUCUCGCUGCUCAGUUCGGCCCCUCCGCACCUGCUGGGACUCCCCGGAGCCGCUGGUCACCCGGCCGCCGCCGCUGCUUUCGCUCGACCCGCCGAGCCCGAGGGCGGCACAGAUCGCUGUAGUGCCUUGGAAGUGGAGAAAAAGUUACUCAAGACAGCUUUCCAGCCCGUGCCCCGACGACCUCAGAACCACUUGGACGCCGCUCUGGUUUUGUCGGCUCUCUCCUCCUCCUAGUUUUUUUUUUUUUUUUUUAAGAAAUUAAAAUCGUUGUAAUAAUUGUAAAAAAAAAUCGUUCUGUAUAGUUACGACUUGUAAGCAUGUCCGUGUAUGAAUACCCCCCAAAAAGGAAACAAAAGGAAACAAAAAGAAAUAAAACCACACCCCCACCCCCGAGUCCCUCAAGUCGCUUGUGUGCGCCCCACGUCAGCGUCAGCUGCGAUGGUGGGAUUGGUUUGUUCAGUUGAUGGGGGAGGCGGGGAACGUGGAGUUUCAGUGAGAACUAAGCGUGUCUGACUUUUUUUGUAUAUACGAAAAAAAUGUACAUAUGUGUGAACCAAAUUGUACAAGAAAGUAUCUAUUUUUGGCUAAAUAAAUGAGCUGUUGCCAC